GCCGCCCGGCGUCAGUCCGUCGCCAUGAAGCGUCGUCUGCUGCUCACCGCCGCCUGUCUGCUGGCAGGAGCCGCCGCGCAGAGCCAGCAAUAUCAGACGACCCGCCCGGGCGCGCUGGUCGACACCAACCCGGCGGCAUACGUGCUAAACGAGCGCGUCGUCACCCGCGUGUUCAGUGGCCGGAACGAGGUGGUGUGCACCUUCUGCCUGCUGCAAGUACUGACGGCCGCCUAUCGGCUGGGCAACGCCAAGGUGCGCGGUGAAAUCAAGGAGGCGCUCCAGUCGCCGGCGCCGGCCGAGCUGAGCGACGCGCUCCUGGCCGCCGCCGACGCCGAGCCUACACUCAACGGUACGCUGAUGGGUUACUACCGGCCUGCCACCUUCGCCGCCUGCGAUGGGACGGCUGGCACGAGGCAGCAGGCGCGCUGCAAGAGUAUCCUCGACUUUGUGCGCGGCCGCGGAUCGGCAGUUGACUUCGCGAAGCCAGAGACGGUUCGGCUUAUCAACAGCCAGGUGGAGCGCGCCACCAACGGUAAGAUCCGACAGCUCUUCACGAGCCUGGCGGCCGAUACCAGCCUCAUCUUCGCGUCGGCGCUGGUAUUCCGCGACAAGUGGGGGAGGCAGCUGGAAGCCCAGCCUGGCGUGUUCCGCACGGACGCCGGUCCCGUCAACACCGAGAUGCUCUACAAAGAAACUUGGCUGCCGCUGCUGGACGGGUCGACAGACGGCGUGAUCGGCGUGUCACUGUCGUACCGCAACGACGCCAUCCGCAUGUUCCUGUUCACCACGACCGACGGCUCACCGGUACAGGACAAGCUGCGUCAGCGACACUACCAGGCGCUGGUCGGUGAGCACAACAUCACCUACACGGCCGUCACGUUGCCCAGCUUCAACAUCGACUCCAAAAAAUACUCGUACAUUGACCUGGCACAACAAAUGGGCAUUCGCGAGAUGUUCGUCCGCGGCUUGGGUGCUGACGACCGGCUGCUCGUCGACCAGCUGGUCCAUAAGGCGGUCAUCUCGAGUGACCGGCACGGUACGGAGGCGGCCGGCGCCGCCGGGAUCGGGCUCGUACCAACUAGUUUACCCCCGAAGCCGUUCCCGGCGCGCUUCGACCAGCCGUUCGUCUGCUCGCUGGUGCACGUCGAGCUGGGCGUGCCCAUCUUCACCGCGUACAUCCACGACCCAACCCAGAAGUAGUCCCCCACCCAGACAGCGCAGGUUCGACGCUGAAACGCGCCAGUUGAGGCCGACUCGGCACGAUCCAAACGCCCUCCACAUGAGGCUUUGCCGCCAUCUUAGGCCGGCUGGGUGAGUGGCGAAAUGGAGGAGCGAAAAAAGUAUUGCCCACUCGUGCGGAACGCUAGUGUCAUGGUGAGAAUUUCGCGUGCGUGUGAUUUGUGAGGACUUCAAUAAAAAACAUAGCUUUCA